AUGUGUCUUCUACGCUCCCCUCCAUCGGAUUCUUUGCCGGAUAUAGACUGGUCAAAGUACGCCUAUGUCUUGAGUGCCCACAAUGUGGUUUAUCUCUGCAAUGCCGUCAUGGCCUUUGAGUCCCUGCAUCAGCUAGGGAGUCAGGCUGACAAAGUACUCUUGUAUCCAUCGGACUUCGACUCCGAGGACAAAUCUAUCGAGGGCAGAUUGUUGCGUAAAGCGCAAACCGAGUAUAACGUCAACCUAAUGCCAAUUAGAGAACAAGAUCAACAACACGGCGUUGUGUCGUGGGAAGAAAGCUAUACAAAGCUGCUAGCGUUCAACCUGACCCAAUACAAUCGUGUGCUUACGCGACAGGAGAUGGACGAACUGUUCUUGCUCGAAGACUCUCCAAUCGCCAUGCCACGGGCAUACUGGCUCGGUUCCAGUCUUCGCCCACGGACAUCUUCACUCGUCCUGAUCCAACCGUCGGAGACCGAAUUCAGCCGAGUGUCGGCCGCUGUUCAGCACUUCGCACGCGCCGAUGGGGAAGCCGAGGUCCUCAACAGCCUGUACGGUGAAACCGCCAUCGUCUUACCCCACCGCCCGUACAUCGUUUGUACCGAGGAGUUUCGUUCCACAAACCAUGCAGCGUACCUGGGAAGCCGUCACGCCACUUGGGAUCCCGAAUCAGUUCUACAAGAAGCGAGAUACGUGAAGUAUUCCGACUCGCAGGUUGCUAAGCCCUGGCUCAAGACCCCAAGGAAGGUAUUCGAGAAGGCACAGCCGGCCUGCAGCGUUGACACGACGGCGAGUACUUUGGACUGCCGCGCCCGUGACCUCUGGCUGGGCUUUUACACGGAGUUUGCCGAGCGACGAAAGAGAAUCUGCGGGUCAGACCUUUGA